GCGUCGACACCUCGGAAGCUCUGCGGAGGCUUCGAGCGCCUGGCUUCUACGGCUCCGACGAGGACGUGAAGCUGGGGAACUACAAUCCCGAUCUGCUCUCGCUGCCGUCCGUGGGGAGCCAUGCGGUUCCGCUCGCGGACUUGUGGGGUGCAGGCGGGCGCAGGCGCGUCGCGGAGUUCGUCCGCGAUAGUGUGCUACCUGCGGGACCGGCGCUGGAGAGGAGGAAGAUGUGCGGCGUGAGGGCGCCCUAUUCCGACCCAGCUCUUCGCCAACCGCGUGUGUGGAGCGACUUUGUCUCGCGGCUUCAUCGCAGCGGCCUGCUAGAUUUUGCCUACGACCGCGGCAGAGAGUCCGUGGAGUUCUUCUGCGUUCCGAAAAAGUAUGUCGACAACUUCGUGGCCAUUUCGACUGUCGCCUCCAAGGUGCAUCGCCUCGCGUCCGCCGUCGUGGAGGGGUUCAGGGAGGCGGGGUUGGUCGCGACCGCCGAUGUCGACUCGCCCGGAGAGGAUCUCGCUCGGGACCGCACCGUCCUCGAGAGGCUUGUGGGGCACAUGGGGUUCAUCAGCCUGGUCCGACGGGAAAGCCUCUCGGUCUUCGACACGCUGUUCGCGUUCAUCCGCCGCUUCUACUACGAGGAGGCCCCGCUGUGGCCCAGUGUCAUCGACGAGCUCACGAUCUGGGAGGGGAUCGCGCCGCUGCUGUGGCGCAACCUGAAGGCCUCGUGGGGGCCGUCGCUGUGCGCCGUCGACGCGUCCCCGACCGGUCUGGGAGCUGCCGCCGCUGCCGCCGUGUCCGACGACCCCGAGGUGCAGUGGCUGUCCGGAGUGCACGACAACGGGUCCGGAGGUCUCUGGGAUGUUGAUGGGGGGCCGCCGCCUGCUGGCAGUACCGCCGCCGUUCUGGGUUCCGGGCUCGGCGAUUCUCGUGGCGCCGUGUUUCGUGAGGUGCCCCUGAAGCUCUUACUACGUGACUGGAAGAUUGUCGGGAGGUACAAGUGGAACGUUGAGGAGCCGAUGCCUAUCCUUGAGGGCCGGGCUAUCUUGUAUGCACUACGACACGCCCUGAGGAAUGUUCAGAACUUCGGGCGGCGGAUCGCGGUCCUGGGGGGCGCCCUCGUCGCUGCCUGCGCAGUCUCGAAGGGGCGGUCUGAUUCCAGGGCGAUGCUCAAGGUCACCCAGUCCGUGGCUGCUCUCUGUCUGGCCACUGGGUGCGUGUUGCACUGCCGGUGGCUCCCCUCAGAGUGGAACGUGGCUGACGGGCCCUCGAGAGGGCUUGCAGUUCCGUCAGUGCCGCAGCCGCUGUCCCUCUCGAAGCCUCACGAGCUGGAGUGGCUUCGCUCGGCUGGGCAGCCCGCGCCCGCCCCGCGGCCCCGCCCCGCGGCAGGAGGCGAUGCUGCUACGAGCGUCGCCGUCGACCGGCUCCCAGCCGACUGGGAUGGCUUCGCGGCCCUCGGGGAGGAGCAGUUUGACGCGGACGCCAGCCGCUUCGAGCCCGUCUUCAUCGGCGGCGUUUCCUUCGCGGGCCGCUCCCAGCAGCGCGCCGGCGGCUGUGCCCCGCCGGGCGCCCGCGUGAAGGAGGCGGCGAGGCGGCGGGCGGCCGCGACCGCGGCCGAGGGGCUGACCGUCUGCCAGACUCACUCGGUUCGCCCCGCUACGUUGCGGCUGUGCCAAGACGACUUUGCCUCGUUCAAGCGCUGGCUGAGUCGCCAGGGCCGCCCGAUGCCCGAGGGCAAGCUGGACACCGACCAGACCCUCUCCCAGUACCUGGACGAGAUGUACCUCGACGGCGCGCACGUCAGCUUGGGGGGGCGGAUGCUCGCUGCUGUGCUGUUCCACCAGUCGGUCCUGAGCAAGGCGGGCGGCGCGCGGAUGGCGCGCAGCCGCCGCGCGCUUAAGGGCGGGCAGCGCCUGGCGCCUGCAGGCUCCAGGCUCGGGGUGCCGUACGAGGUGAUGUGCAUGAUCGUGAUGUGGCUGCGCGGCCUGUUCACGAUCAGCAGCGCCCAG